AUGUCAUCGCCCGAGGCGAACUUGAACGGCGCCGAUGGCCAAGGUCAGAAAUCACUCGUCAACGGAGAGAAGAAACGCAAGCGGGGUGCGACGCGCCUCUCAUGUGCGGAGUGCCGCAGGUUAAAACUUCGCUGCGACCGAGCAAUUCCAUGUGGAUCUUGUGUCAAAAGAGGUUGCGCUGCGAUAUGCCCUGAUGGAUCCUUGACUACUGGUAAGGGCAACAGAGCGACCAGAUUCGUUCUCGCCUCUACGCAGGAUUUGCACGAGAAGAUUCAUGAGCUAUCCAACCGCGUGAGAGAGCUGGAAGACGGCCUCAGGGCCUCCCACUCCCAGCACUCGAAUGAGACACAUCCCUUACUCUCCGAAGAUCUGUUACGCAUUAAGGCACCCCUACAGCGAGAAAACCUCUCAUCAACGACAAACGGCAACUCGGACGAGCCAGGCGGUGACGUUGUCGACUCAUUCGGGUCAUUGUCCAUCAGCGACUCUGGCCGCACAAACUACUUCGGCCAGGCGACUAGCUCCUUCUAUUUUCUGCAGAAUGAAACGCAGGAGCAGGACAAAGAAGAUCGACUGGCGGCACUACGAAAGAUCCUCCCUGCUGAGGUCCUUUCCUUAGCAGGAGUCUUUCCGGUUGCGCCCAAUAUCCCAUCUACCCCAGAAGUUGAUGCUGAGCGCAUCGACCGCUUGCGAAGUCUAUUCUGGUACUUGCCGCCAGCUGAUGAGGCUGCAGACUUGCGACACAUCUACUUCCAGCAUGCCGCGUGCAGGUAUAAUAUUGUGUCACUCGACCAGUUCAACGAGCACGUUUACUAUCUAUUCUACAACCCGAACGCAGGACCGCCGCUCGAUGACCCAUUAUUGUCGCAUCAGCUCGCGCUCAUGUUCAUGAUCAUUGCGAUCGGUAGCCUGAUGGACACCAAGCGACCAGCGUACAACAUCGAAGCGGAAAAGUAUCAUCAGCUUGCCAGAGCUGCUCUCUUCCAAAGUCCGGUGUUUGAAGAGCCGACCAUACACGCUGUGCAGACCUUCUAUCUCAUGGCAUUCUACCUUUUCCUGUCCGAACGGCAUGGAAGUGGGGUGGGUACGCGAUGGGCCCUCAUGGGGCUUGCCGUAAGGCUGGGUAUCAGUAUGGGUCUUCAUCGGGACGCCGGUCGCUGGAAUGUAGAUCCCAAGGAGAUCCAGCGGCGACGACAGGUGUUCUGGGAACUAUAUACUUAUGAGUUUUUGCAGUGUUACACUAUGGGUAGGCCUCCGUCGCUUUCCUCAGCUCAUAUCGAUUGCAAGAAACCUCAUACCGAGGAGCCGCAAGGCGAUGAGACAUUUCAUUGGUGGAAGCAUCGAUACACGUCAGAAUGCAUGCACCAGGUGUAUGAUCAGGCGUUUGGUGCUAAGACGCCCACAUACAGUACUUUGUUGCAGCUGGACCGCAAGCUGAGAGGCUUCCACGUGCCGCCUAUCCUACAAAUUGCGGGCUUUGGCAGUGCGGACGCACGGGCAGGGUCCUACGACUCCGUACCGCUUAUCUUACAGCGGCAUCUCGUAUUGGCCAUCAGGGAAUCGAAUCUGUUGUACAUGCACAGAGGCUUCUUCGCAAGAGCCGUAAGCGACCACCCGAAGGAUCCUCUUGGUAGUCCGUAUGGUAGUUCCUUCAUAGCAGCUUAUCGCAGCGCAGGGUCACUCGUCGCCCUCGUGCGCAAUAUUCAUUCGCAACUGAAGGAGCUAACAGAGAGAAUGUGGUUCCUGUGGACCCACCUGUUUUCAUGCUCCAUCAUCCUGGGAUCGAUCGUCACCCGCUGUCCAUCCAUGAGUCUGGCUCCGUCUGCCCUCGUUCAAUUGGAUGCCGCCUGCGAUUUAUUUUCGAAGACGGCACAUCUCUUCCACGCCGAGAAGGUCCUGGCGAUCAUGUUGAAUCUGCGCGAGAGAGCCCACGCGAGCCUUGCUCAGUUCAGAAACACGCCACCGACAAGACAAGGUAGUCUCCAGUCUGAACCGAAUUCCCCGGCCGACGACAACGACGAACUUGCCGUUCUCGGAGGGCGCACGCGUCUCGCGGCACCGAAGGAGAAGUCCGUCUCCCCUGUGUUGGGUAGCUUCUCGCCGACGUCGGCGAACCCUAUUGUUCCUUUCCCUAUCAAGAGCGAUCAUCUUGACGGACAGGCACAUCCAGUCGUCCUGGAGUACCUUCGCACCUUCGCUUCGCACCCUACGCAACAGCAAACUCAGCCGCAGCUGCCGUCACCAUUCAAUCCAUCAGCCUUCGCAGAGAUGACUCCUGUCUCCUCGACGUCGUCCAAUUACUCACCAACCUCAGUGCAGUUUACGGGCCAGCAGAUCUCACCGCUGGACAUGAACCAACAGAGUUUACCGCAGUACUUCCCGGUCUUUGAUUACGGCUACGCUGGAAAUGCCGAUGCUUUUACCAACAUGCAGUUCAGCGAAGGCGAGGUUAACGGACGGUCGUAUUCCCCUGAAUCAACCAUGCAAAAUGCUUGGCAGGAUUUCGUGGCGCAGAUCGGGCAGAUGUAGGAUCUUUGGAGAGCGAGCGUUUGAAGCAGACUGAAUAAUACCUCUUCGAUUUCUGGGUCUACUCUUCAUGAGGAAUAUUUGGAACUUUCUGUAC